CGCUCGACCACCGCAGCUUCAUCUCACCCCAUCACCACCAGCUCUUGCACUCCAACUUACCCUUUUUUCGACCACCACUCCAACUCGCAAAAUGCCACCAAAGGCCCAGAAGACUCCCACCACCGGCGGCAAGGCCCCGGCUGGCAAGGCUCCCGCUGAGAAGAAGGAGGCUGGCAAGAAGACCGCCGCGCCGUCGGGCGAGAAGAAGAAGCGCACCAAGACUAGGAAGGAGACCUACUCCUCCUACAUCUACAAGGUGCUCAAGCAGGUCCACCCCGACACUGGUAUCUCUAACCGCGCUAUGUCCAUCCUGAACUCCUUCGUCAACGACAUCUUCGAGCGCGUCGCCACCGAAGCUUCCAAGCUUGCUGCCUACAACAAGAAGUCCACCAUCUCCUCCCGGGAAAUCCAGACCUCGGUCCGGCUCAUUCUGCCGGGUGAACUCGCCAAGCACGCGGUGUCUGAGGGCACCAAGGCCGUCACCAAGUACAGCUCAUCUACCAAAUAGAUGCAUUGACGGUUCGUGGUUGGGAGUAGGUGCUUUUGGGAAAUUUCUGUUAUCUCGGUCCUUGGAUCGAAGGAUAUUCAGGCGGGUCUCCGGGGGUGACUGGUGUUCUGGGUCUCUUUUUCUUUAAUCAUGCGAACACGGGACGGUUUUAUCAGCUUUGUGCGUUCCCGGGCCAGAUAUGUCUUAUGGCCUGACUAUUCUGAAG